AUGUGGUCAUCUCAUCCAUUGCACGGCAUCAAAGUCGUUGAGCUAGCUGGACUCGCACCUGGCCCGUUUGCCGGCCUUCUUCUUGCCGACUAUGGCGCUUCUGUGCUGCGUAUUGACCGCGCACCAAACAAAUCAAUUUCACCCGCCGGCGACCCUCUUACACGCCACAAGUCUUCAAUUUGCAUGGAUUUGAAGGAUGCACGCUCUCGGGAACUACUACUCUCAAUACUUCUGCAAGCUGAUGUCUUGAUCGACCCCUUCAGACCAGGAGUGCUUGAACGACUGGGCCUCUCACCUUCUGACGUUCUUCUCAAACACAACCCACGUCUGAUCAUAGCCCGUAUGACUGGCUUUCGCCGCGAUGGGAAGUACAAGGAUAUGGCCGGCCACGAUAUCAACUACAUUGCCGUUUCUGGGGUCUUAUCUAUGCUUGGACGUAGCGGUGAAACUCCAUUUGCGCCUGGAAACCUGCUAGGGGACUUCGCUGGUGGUGGCGCCAUGUGUUUUCUCGGUAUAUUAUUAGCACUCAUAUCCCGAUCAGCUACGGGUAAAGGGCAGGUAGUUGAAGCGAAUAUGGUGGAUGGAUCAGCAUAUUUGGCAACGAUGCCCAGAUUAUCCAGAAAGACACCCGUCUGGAGUGAACCUAGGGGCACGAAUUUGCUGGAUGGCGGCUGUCCCUACUAUGAUACAUACGAAACGAAGGACAAGGGGAAGUACUUUGCCGUUGGCGCGCUCGAGCCACAGUUUUAUGCAGCACUUCUGAAAGGAUUAGGUUUCAGCGGAAAGGAUGUUCCCCCACGAGAAGACAGAGACAAUUGGUCGGCCCUUAGAAAGAUAUUCACACAGAGAUUCAAGGAAAAGACCCGCGCUGAAUGGGAAGAAAUCUUUGAUGGCACCGAUGCCUGCGCAACUCCUGUGUUGGAACAGGCUGAACUGGAAGAGACGGGCUUUGACCAGAGACUGCCCGUUGCGUUAGUUAGCACACCUGGUAAGUCUUUCAAAGCGGACGAAGCAGGCUGGGAAGGCGGCGGAUUGCUCGCUGGCGAUGGUGGCGAGACACGGUUGAAGGAAUGGUUUGGUUGGACCAAGGGGAAAGAAUACCUAGAGGAUAAAGGGAUUUUGGUUUCAGCUAAGGGCGUGUCCAAGCUGUGA